AUGGCCCCUAACGCCCUCCUCACCCCCGUUCAAGUCGGCUCUAUCGAGCUCAAGAACCGCAUUGGCAUGUCCGCCUUGACGCGCAACCGUGCUCCGGAGACAUACCCCACCGAUUUGAUCAAGGAGUACUACGUCCAACGCGCCAGUGCAGGGCUCAUCGUCUCUGAAGGUAUCUUGAUAACGCGUCAAGGGACUGAAUGGCCCUACGCCCCCGGCAUCUGGGAUGACAAGCACGUCGCUGGAUGGAAGAAUAUCACCGACGCUGUUCAUGCAGCAGGCGGCAAGAUGUACGCGCAACUCUGGCAUGUUGGUCGCGUCGCCCACCCAGAUGCCCCUGAGCAAAAACUCGCCGGGACUCCCGUCUACGCACCUUCAGCGAUUUCCGCCCGCGGAGGGAAGUUCCGCCACAUCCCAGGGACUCCAGGAUACGUUACGCCCACUGCCAUCGAUGACCCCUGGAAAAUCAUCGCGCAAUUCAAGCACGCCGCUAUAAACGCGAAGAAGGCCGGGUUUGACGGUGUCGAACUCCAUGGUGCUAAUGGAUACCUGAUUGCGCAAUUCCUCGACAGUACCGCAAACAAGCGCACCGAUGAAUGGGGCGGCAGCAUCGAAAACCGUUCUCGCUUUGGGCUGGAGGUGCUUAAGGCCCUCAAGGAAGUCUUCGGUCCCGACGUUGCCGUGAAGCUCAGCCCUGCUGGAGGGUACAACGAUGUUGGCAUGCCCCUUCAAGAGACCCUCGACACAUUCUCCUACUUCAUCACCGAGGCGGACAAGUUGAACCUCUCCUACAUCGUCCUCGUCCGCUACACCGCUGGGUUCGACAUCGAGAUCGACGGCGUCCAUCGUUCGACGAAGCAUGACGUGCUCGAGUCCUACAGGCACUUGAUCAAGAACAGCAAAGUAUUCGUCAACGCGGAAGUUACUCCCGAGCUGGGAGAGAAACUCGUCUCUGAGGGCAAGGUCGACGGCAUCUUCAUCGGCUUCAACUACAUCACCCAUCCCGACCUUGUCGAACGCAUCGCGCACGGAAAGCCUCUCGAUAACAUUCCCGACAUCAAGCACUUGCAAACCAAUAAGGACUCGGGCGACUGGGCUACCGGUUUCACCGACUACCCCAGAGCUGUCUAUUAG